AUGGAGCAAGAAACGUUAAUGAUGAAGCCCAAAUGGGAAGGCACCGUCUCAGCAAAGAUAGAAGAUGUUAACGCCGAUCAGAUUUGGAUGUUGAUCAAAGAUUUCUUUGGGAUAUAUAAUUUCUUCCCCACACUUCAAGCUUCCUACGGCGUUCAAGGAAAUAACGGCGAGGUUGGUUCCAUCCGUUAUUGUGAACUUUUGCCGUCAUCACCACCACCAAGUGAUGAUGAUGAUAAUGGGAAUAAGCCGGAGGUGCAUUACGUCAAGGAGAAGAUAACCGCCAUUGAUCCAGAUCAAAGGUCUCUUACCUUUGAGAUCGUUGAAGGAAACAUUGGGCUCUAUUCAUAUGUUGCAACCCUAAAGGUGGUUGUUGAUGAUGAUGAUGGAUGCGUUUUGGAAUGGUCAUUUUCAUUUGAUGAAUAG